UUUGACCGCAAAGAAAGAUUGCUGCAAGUAUGAGCGACGAUCUCAUGACGUUGAGCCUGAACGUCCUUCGGCGCAUGCCGCCAGGAAACGUGGCGAAUGACCUGGCGGGUAUCUGUCAAUUACAACCGGACCUUGAAGAUGAGCUGUACCAGCGCGUGGACCAACCCUUGGGACAAGCGGUGGACCCGACGGCAGGACGGCCUUUCUUGCUCUGCGACUACAACCGCGACGGCGACUCGCAUCGGUCACCGUGGACGAAUGCGUACUACCCGCCCAUCGAAGAUGGGGAAGGGUUUGUCCCGUCGGACAACUUGCGGCUAUUGGAGAUCCAAGCCAACGAACUGUUUGACGUGUACCGCGACAUGUACUACCAAGGAGGGGUGUCGUCUGUGUACAUGUGGGACCUCGAGCCAGGCUUUGCUGCGUGCAUCCUCAUCAAGAAGGACGUCCACCACCAACGAUUCGUGGAGGAAGGUGGUUGGAACUCGAUCCACGUGGUCGAAGUGCAUGAGAAAAACGACAAGGAGGCCGUGUACACGCUGACGUCGACGGUGCUCUUGGCCAUGAACGUCAGUCAUCGUCAAGAACUUGGCCAUUUGAACUUGGAUGCGAAUCUCACGCGGCAGACGGAGCGCACGAUGAAGUUUGAGUCGCAGAGUGCCCACUUGAGCAACAUUGGGCGCUUGGUGGAGGACAUGGAGAUCGACAUCCGAUCGAAUCUGGACCGUGUAUACAUCUCCAAGACCCGCGAAGUGCUCAACGGCAUCCGCAAACUGCAACAUGGGGUGGCGUCGGCCCAAGGCACAAACCCGUUUGUAGGGGAACUUGGGCGCGCCGUGCUGCAGCGUGGCAAGCCCACGACGACGUAGUCCGACUGUAACUGGCAUUUCACUUUUGAUGCAAAUCAAGCGAAUCAACCUCCUUGGAGUACGUAGUGGGAUACAUAGUUUACUGUAAAGCGCAUUACACGGUAAUGUAUUAACCGUCGACUUUCAUCAGGCCAUCAC